AUGGAUACUACCGACACAUUGAAACAUGCCUUCCUUGAAUUCAUCAACAAACUCAAUCCUCUCUUGCCAGAUUAAUUGCUUUCUAUCGUCUCAGACUUUAAAGAACAACUCUGGUCCAAAACUCCUACUGAUCUCUAUGAAUUCGUUUAGCAAAUCCCAGAACUCAAAAAAAGUAACUCCUCUUGCAACACAUCUCCUGAACCACUCCUCAAUAAAGUGCCAUCCCAUGGUUAUAAUCCUCUUUCAGUCUGUUCAUAAAAGGAGUCCGAUGACAAAAGUUAAAGUUCAUAUUCAGCUGAAAAAUAUUAAUAAUUGAAAAUAGAGAUCAAUAAAAAUUUCUUUCUUAAACCUACUACAAAGUUCAACUCUAAUACCUAAAAUAAAAGCUCCAAAAAUGUGGACAUAGAAGCUAAAGUACAAAGAGAAAAUAUCAAAUUGGUUGAAACUCUUAAGGAUAUGCCAAAGCUGAAGAGAAUCUGCUUUGCUGAAAGAACAGGUCUCUUAAAUUAAGUUUCAGAAGCAUUGCAUCAAUUUAAAAAAGAUGGCAUUACCAUUAAUACGGUAUAUGAGAAAAGCACUGAAAUUAGCACUCCUCAAACUCCAAUUGAUACCAGAACAGGUCUCCAAUAAUGCUAUUAUGUAAAAUAAUAAGAUUAAUAAUAGUUUUAACCAUUUCCACAGUAACCAGUAUGUCAAUUCAAAGGAUAUAGUGUGCAUUCUAAGAGAGGAUUCAUGCAACCAAUUCAAUUUGACAUGCAGUUCUAAUUGAUGCAACAGCAAUUUUAAAAUUAAUUAAUUUAUAAGAAACUAUACUUUUGA